AUGCCAGGUAGCUCUGACGACGAGCGUGACUCGCGCACUGCUGCUGUGGGUGUAUCGCGCUCACAAUCCAAUUCUAGUGCCUCUGCCUCGCAAACGAGGCCCAAAAAUCGUGCUACCAGAAAAAAAACGAAGAACCCAGCGAAGAAAAAUUUGCAAGACGUGAUACCGCGCGGAGGCACAUUCACUACCACUCCUUUGGAUGUAGACCAAGAAGACGCCACUUCCUCGUCCGAGUCACACUCAUCAAACAGCGAGAAUGAGAAUGCCAAUGGCGCCACGAAGCCGACCCAGAACAAAGCCGCGAUCAAUUGGAACCAAGCAAGCCGCAGUGCCAUCCGUACAACCCUCGGGAAAAGGAAGACGCCCUCCGUCCCUGCUCAGGAUAAAACAGCGUUCGAUGCAGUCAACGACAAAUAUUUUCGAAGUCGAAGCGCUUCCGAGUCAGAGGAUGAGGCGCAAGAGAACCAGCCUGUUAAGAUUUCGAACGAACAUCAGGACGAGGACGACCAUUCAAAGACCUAUUUUGUCUACGACUCGGAGGGCUCAGAGAGCGGGGAAGUCUCUGAAGGCGGUGACUCGGUGAUGCUGAAUAUCGGGCAUCCAAGUGUUGAGAAUGAUACGCUUGGUGAUUCUGAAGCCGCGGCAUUAAGCAAUGGUUCCGCGCUAACAAAAGAUGGCGGACAUGCUCCUAAAGAUUCAUUUUCGUACCGAUCAAAAGCUGCAGCAUUGGCAGAUUUCACCUCUAGAUACAAAGUCGUGCCAGCGGUCCUUGCGGAUCUUAAACCAAAGGACCUUCAAAUACAGGCUCGCUAUUUUUUUAUCGACCGCAACAUCAAUGAUAUUGACCUCUCGAUGCCUAUUUCUUGCACUGAAUGUUUAGAAAAAGGCCAUCUUGCUUUUAUCUGUCCAACAAAGGAGUGUCUAAAUUGCGGCGCGUGGGAUUUGCACGAAGACCGGCUUUGCCCAACCGUAAGACGGUGCCAAAAGUGCCGAGAAGUUGGCCAUGAUGUUGAAGAUUGUCAAUCACUCUUGAAAUCCUCGGCUGCAGAAACACCGUGUGAAUAUUGUGGUUCCGACACCCACUUAGAACUGGACUGUGAUAAGUUGUGGAAGUUUCCCAGACAACAGCCACUCGAUGGUCCUAUCAAAGUGUCGAUAUCUUGCAGUUAUUGCACUAACAAAAAUCAUCUCUUGGGCGAUUGUCCAUCGAAAAAGGUCCCCACCACAUCUAGCACGUUCUCUAUCAAGGCUUAUGAGCCUUCUACGAUUACGAAUCUAAAUUCUAUCCUUGGACCUCGGAAAGCUGACCAGACGGGGAUGCGCAUCCGCGGCCGCGGUGACCAGCCCCAACCUGCGCAAGAUGAUGACAACAUGCUUGCACUGCACAACCCUCAGGCACAAAGGCCCCAGGGAGGUCGAGGCAAAAUCCAGAUCAAAGGCCUUGGACAAGAUAGAAGCUUCGGUGGAGGACCUCCCCCUCUUCCUCGUGAGCCUCCACCGCCCGGUCCUCCACCAUUUCAACCCAGGGACUACCGAGAUCGGGGACAGGCUUACAACCCCCGAGAGCGUUCGCGCUCGCCAAAACUGCCACUAAAGCCAUUUGGUGUUCACUCCCAAGGAAACCGUAAACCUGGGCCACCUCCGUGGGCUACACGGGGUGGUGGUGGCGGAGGCCGAGGUCGCGGAAGAGGACGAGACCAAUAUCGCCCCGGUCGGCCUUAA